AUGAAACUAUAUCAACUAGUAAUCAUAUUAUCUUCAUUAUUAAGCUUAUCAAUAGCAUUAGCCGAUCAAGAUGAUGGUGGAGAUGCAACCACUACCAAAGUAUUACCCACAAUUGUCUGGGUAACCACCACUAUUGAUGGAGCAGUCCAGACAGUAUCUUUGACAUAUUCACAAUCAUUUAUGACAGAAGCUGCUGAUGGAAAUACUGCAGUUCCUUCUGGAGAGAUUGGAAUGGGAACCUUAUCUGGUAGUGUUGGUGGUAUUAGAAGUUAUGAUCAGACUACUAUUACAAAUGUUAAUCAAGGAGGAGGAUCGGGUAUAAAUAUUUAUACUGGUGUUAUUGGAGGGUUAUUUAUGGUAUUAGGAUUGAUUUAG